UUUUGUUGUUUGAUAUUUGUAAUACAAAUUAUUAUUAAUAUUGUUAAUUACAUUGUUUGUAACAACAAGUAAAUUGAAAUAAAUAAACUUAAUUUACUGUUUUAAUACUUUUUUCGACGUAAUCAAAAUGAUGGACUGUGUAGAAGACUCCAGCCAUGAUCCCCUUUCAGUACCACCCUCACAGUCACUAUCUGUGGGUGACUCAGUGCAAGAUAAAAAGAAGCCCAAUGAAUAUAAUACAAAUAUAUCACUCCUAGAUAACAGUUUGUUGGUAGACAUCUCAGAUGCGCUCAGUGAAAAGGAGAAGGUGAAGUUCACAGUGCACACAAAGACAACCCUACCAGAGUUUCACAAGUCUGAGUUCAUUGUGGUUCGUCAACAUGAAGAGUUUGUAUGGCUGCAUGACAGAUAUGAAGAGAAUGAGGAGUAUGCAGGAUACAUUAUUCCACCACCACCUCCUCGACCUGACUUUGAUGCGUCCCGCGAGAAACUGCAGCGUCUCGGUGAAGGGGAGGGAGCUCUCACUCGCGAGGAGUUCACCAAGAUGAAAGAGGAACUUGAGGAUGAGUAUUUGGCGACCUUCAAGAAAACCGUAGCAAUGCACGAAGUGUUCCUUCAGCGAUUGGCAGCUCAUCCGGUCUUCCGUACCGACUCUCAUUUGAGGGUGUUCCUAGAGUACGAACCCGAUUUAUGUGCUAAACCGCGUGGCAAAAUGCAACUUAUUGGUGGACUUAUGCGAUCAAUGACAACAACAACAGACGAGAUAUACUUAGGAGCCACUGUUCGUGACGUGAACGACUUCUUCGAACAGGAAACUGCUUUCUUACAAGAGUACUACUCGCACCUGAAAGAGGCAGUCGCGAAGGUUGACCGGAUGACGUCCAAACAUAAAGAAGUGGCAGAUGCACAUAUAAAGCUAUCGUCGUGCUUGACCCAGCUCGCGUCGCGAGAGCAGCCUCCCACCGAGAGAUUCCUCACGCGCGCCGCAGACACUUUCGACAAAUGUCGGAAAAUCGAAGGUCGCAUGGCAGCAGAUCAGGACUUAAAGCUGGCGGACACGUUGCGUUAUUACAUGCGCGAUGCUCACGCUGCCAAGGCUGUGCUUGUUAGAAGGCUCCGAUGUCUGGCGGCUUACGAAGCGGCUAAUAGGAAUCUCGAGAAAGCUAGAGCAAAGAACAAAGAUGUCCAUGCUGCUGAACAAGCGCAAGCCGAAGCGUGCGCUCGAUUCGAGCAGCUAUCCGCCCGCGCUCGUGAGGAACUCAUUGAUUUCCGCACACGUCGCGUUGCCGCUUUCCGCAAAAGUUUAAUCGACUUGGCGGAACUAGAGAUCAAACAUGCGCGAUCACAGCAGGAACUGUUUCGGAAGUCGCUACAGAUCCUAAAGGAAAGCGUGUGAGUUAGUAAUACAGAUGUAGGAUUAAACCAUCAAAGGGGAAUUUAGUAAUGUAGUUGUCGAUGGCAAUGGGUGAAUAUUGAUUAACAAUGAUUGAUACAACCAUUGGCUAUUUUAAAUGAUA